AAGCGGAUAGUCCCUGGUUGCUAUGGCAACGGCGAGGCCUAGUCCAGGGCCCCUCGCUUUUGAAGCCUGUUUCGUGCCAUGUUUGGGGACUCUGCGGCCCACGGGGUCCACGUCGAGUCGGUCUGGAGGAGGAACCAGGGCGCCCGCUGCCAGGAGAGGAGCACCCAAACUGGGGUGAUCUCCACAGCGGAAGCCGUAACCCAGUCCCAUGGCUGCCAGGACGCGGGGGUCCAGACAGACACAGGCGACGCGGAGGCUCCGCUACAGCCGGGUCUUUCCUCCUCAGGGCUGGUCGAUUACAGCGGCCUGCGCGCCUUCCUGCAGCGGGUGGAAGAGCUGGUGAUCAGGGAGCUUGACAAAAACUGGAAGAGCCAUGCCUUCGAUGGCUUUGAGGUGAACUGGGUAGAUCAGAACGAAACGGUCACUUGCUUGCACAGUUUAUCAUACCCCGAAGCUCAAGAACGCAAACUGCAGGUGACCAGUGUGUCCUGGAAUGCCACUGGGGCGGUCAUUGCUUGCUCAUAUGGCAGACUGGAUGAUGGAGACUGGAGUGCAGAAAAAUCCUACAUCUGCACUUGGAAUCUUGACCGAAGAGCUCUGAACCCCAAACAUCCAGAUCUAGUGGUGGAGAUCCCCAGUGCUGUAAUGUGUUUGGCUUUCCACCCUCUGCAGCCUUCCCUUAUAGCAGGUAACCUGCUCUGC